AUGCAGCUAGUCAUCUCGCCCAUGGGUGAGGAUGAUGUCGGCGGCACGACUUGUCCCCAUCUUCUGCCACGUCAAUCCCCUAAUGGCAUCCCGGAGCAGCCUUCAGCCCUUGGACGACGCAAGUGCACGCCGUCGCACGUUGCCGCUGCCACCGUAGCUCUCGUCAAGAGAAUUGAGUUUGGUAAGGGAGCUCUCCAUUGGAGGGACUAUCACGUCGCAGCAGAUCAAGUCUUCGGAUUGGCCGCUGCCUGGCGUGAAGCAUCGGCUCGAGGUCCGCGCCGCGUCUGA